GAUGGUGCGCCUCCUCCAUCAAUUUUCUCGACGCCAGAACAUGGCGUUGGAACUUCGGCAGGCAGUGGUUCAGAAUUUCCCAUAGCCGAUGAUAACUCAUUGGUGUGUCAUCCGGCGAUGCACUCAUCCAUAUUGAUGCCGCCGUGUACUGUUGAACCAAGGGAGAUGAUGACACCGGAUGCCAGCGCAAGAUACAUACACGGUGAGCAAGUCCGCGAAGAUUUUGUGCCAAAGAGAAAUAUGGGUUUCGUCACCGAGGAGGAAGGGUAUGACUUUUAUCUACAAUAUGCAAGAGAAGCUGGUUUUGGUAUUACGAAGCUCAAGAGGAAGCCGAUGUCGCGUCUAUAUGCAUGCUCCCGACAAGGUACUUCGACAUUUUACAAGCCCGGGGAGGAACGGAAACGUGCAAAGAUGUCAAAGAGAGUUAACUGUAAGGCAGCGGUUAAGAUGAAGAAAAAAGGGAAAGAAUGGAUAUAUGAGAAAGUACUAUUGGAGCACAAUCAUACCCUAAAUCCUGAGCCAUGGGAGUUGAAGCACAUGCAUUCACACAAGAACAAAGACCCUGCUAUCAUGGAAUUCCUUGAUGAUCUGCAGAUGUGCGACGUCUCUCCUAAUGCCACCAUGAAUGUGUUGACCAAGAUGCAUGGCAACCGUGAGAACAUGCCAUGGAGUGAACGUGACUUGCAAAAUAGAAAAGCUGAAAAUGUGCGUAAGGAGCGAGCGGAUGAUGUAAAAAAACUAAAGGCUUUCUUCAACGAGUGCAGAGCACAGAAUAGUAAGUUUUAUUAUGACAUAGAACAUGACUCCGAGGGUGCUCCAAAGAAUAUAUUUUGGAGUCAUGCUAGCUGCCAGGCUAACUAUGCUGAGUUUGGUGAUGUGGUUACUUUUGAUACAACAUAUAAGUGCAAUUUUUACAAUAAGCCAUUAGCAAUGUUUGUUGGGAGCAACCACCAUUUGCAGAAUGUCAUUUUUGGUUUUGCACUCCUCGGUGAUGAGAAGGAGGAAACAUUUGAUUGGGUUUUUCGCACUUUCAAAAUGUGCAUGGAAAACAAAGAACCUCAUUGCAUACUUACAGAUCAAGACCAAGCAAUGGCAAAUGCUCUUCCGGGAGUGUUUCCAAACACUAUUCAUAGGCUAUGCAGAUGGCAUGUUUUGCAUGGUCACAAAGACAGCUUGAAGGUGUUGUAUAACUUGUAUGAUGGUUUGAAAGAGAAGUUGUUGACAAUAAUAAAUCAUCCCCUCACCCCCAUGGAGUUUGAGAAGGCAUGGAUGGAGAUGGUGAAUGAAUAUGGACUCGAGUCAGAUCCUACAAUUGGCAGUUUGUAUGAUCUGCGUACAAGAUGGAUCGCCGCAUACUUUAAGGAUGUUUAUUGUGGGAAAAUGACAUCUACGCAACGCAGUGAGAGCACAAACAGAAUUGUGAAAAGAAACCACAUUAACCCUACAACACCUCUGCACGUGUUUGCAAGAAAAAUGUUUCAGGUUUUGCAAGGGAGAAAAGAAGCAGAAGCCCGAGUGACCAUGGAAUCUCAGGCCCGGCCAAAAACAGUAACAAAUUACCCUCUGGAACAUCAGUUGAGCAGAAUCUAUACCCAUGCAGUAUUCAGGAAAUACAAAGAAGCAUAUGUUUAUGGAACCUCUUUUCUUACAAAGAAAGUUGGCCUGGCUGUGAAGGCCUGGUUGUGGUCCGUCGUGGUGGGUGGAGACACAGACCGCAUGAAGAAGCAAGCAACAGCUGCUAGGUGUGCUGCAAAUUGACCAGAACCUGGCACAUUGCAAAUAAUUACAGAAUGUUUGUAAUAAAAAUCAAUUGUUUAGUCCAGACCCAAGAAUGUAAACUCAUUCAAUCAAUAUUUACAGAUAACCGGAGACCAAACUGGAGGCUCGUCAAA